AUCACACUAGCAUUACCAUGUUUGCUAUUCGUUCUGCUCUGCGUCAGGCUAAACCUGUGAUCCAGCGCUCUCCCUAUCAGCAGCGAUUUUCAUCUUCUUUGACACCUUCAGCUCUUUCUCAUAUUGAGGCUCGUUGGGUCAAGCUUCCCGAGGCUGAGCAAGGUGCCAUUGCAGACCAACUCGCUGAGCUGCAAAAGGGAGAUUGGAAAGCACUGACUCUUGAACAGAAGCGUGCAGCCUACUUUAUUGCCUAUGGACCCUAUGGUGCUCGAACUCCUGCCGAUCCUGUUUUAAGAAUUAAAGUUGCCUCGUGGGUUGUGUUUUUCCUUGCCACAGCUGGUACUCUGCUGGCUGUUUGGGAAUCUGUUAAGAACAAGCCCAAGACAUUUUCAAAGGAAUGGAAGGAAGCAGAAGAUGCUCUUGCAAUCGAGAGAAAGAUGAAUCCCUUCAGCGGUGCAUAUGCCAAGGUUCUCGAAGCCGAGAACAAAUCUGCUUGAUUGUGUUUUGCAAUGAAGAGUUUGAUUUCUUUACGCA